AUGCCUCUAUUACACUCUAGGCCUAAUAAAGCUACUUUUAAUGGGCUUCUUGACAAAGUAUACAGAAGACUUGCUGGAUGGAAAAGGAAACUUCUUUCUCUAGCUGGGCGAGCCACUCUUAUUAAGGCGGUUGCUGCUUCUAUCUCAAUUUAUACUAUGCAAACGACUAAAUUGCUUGCAAGUAUUUGUGAGGAGCUUGAUAAGCUUAAUCGUAACUUCUUCUGGGGAGGAAGUGAAAAGAAAAACAAAACUCAUUUAUGCCAAUGGAAUUUGGCCUGUAGACCCAAGAGCAAAGGUGGUUUAGGUCUUAAGUGA